UGGUGAUCUGGCUCGGUCCAAAGGGGCUUACGCCCGAUGCGAUCCUAUUAAACAGCACAUAUUGCUUCAUGCACCAAACCCCUUAACUCAACAGGAAGCGCGUCAGCUUAUCCUUUCCAGAUCGCCACAAUGCGGACUGCCCGACACUCGUUCACAUUGGGUCCAGUCGAAUUUGGGAAACUCAUGAAGCGUGGACUAAUUAUCCUUCGCGAUCGUUAUGGCAACGACCAUGUCAACGUCAACAUCAGUCAGCGCACCCUCACUGUGCGCCUGCAAUUGGAUGCCGACUUCAAGUGGGUCGAGAACUUUGUCCGCGACAUCGGGUCAUCUCUGCCAGAAGUCAGCAGAGGAGGCGCUGAGUGCCCCGUCUGCCUGUGCGAUGUGACUGACCAGGUGACCCUAGCCUGUGGUCAUGAAUAUUGCGGGCAGUGUUUAGACCACAUGCUCCACAGCGUUUCAUCCUUCCCCCUGACCUGCUUGGCUGACCAAUGCAACGCACCUCUGCCUCUCGCCCUCAUCAAGACUCGCCUCGGUUCGUCAGCGAUGGACCAGCUCCUUGACCUCGCCGCAGAAACUUACAUCAAGGAACACCCAGAAGAAUUCAGGUUCUGCCCCACAUCAAAUUGUGCGCAUAUUUACCGGCCGGGACCCGAAGGCACCGUUCUACGAUGCAAAGGGUGCCUUACACAUAUUUGCCCAGCAUGCGCAAUCGAAUCUCACCCAGGAAUUACCUGCGCUGAGCGCCGAGGGCUAAGCGACCCGAACGAACGAGCCUACAGAGCGUGGAAGAAGACGAACGAUGUACGAUCAUGCCCUCGAUGUGGCGUGGAUAUUCAGAAAGCGGGUGGGUGCAAUCAUAUGGCCUGCGUUGCUUGUAAAGCCCACAUCUGUUGGUUCUGUAUGGGCACUUUUACUUCUGGUGAUAUUUACAAUCACAUGAACAACGUCCAUCAUGCUCAAUGAUAACAUGGAUCGACUUGACAUCAGGGCUUGUAUCGUGCAUGUCUCAGCAGAUCUGCAUUGUGCAAGUUGACUCCGUCGAGGCAAGUGGUUUGGCCAUGCUCUGCCUGCAUAGUGUACAUGCCCUGUAG